UGCCACGGGUACCCAGCCUGUCGCUAAACUUUCCCCGCGCCGGCCCAGCUCUGAGUCGCACUUCUCGGCGGAGUGUCCCAGGGACGGAGGACCCAGGCUGGCUGCGGACUGUCUGCUCCUCUCGGCGGGAUCCGUGGAGAGUCCUUUCCCUGGAAUCCAAGCCCUAACCGUCUCCCCAGCCCUACUCGGCGAGGAGCGGAGCGCUGCCAGCCGAGGCAGCGCCUUCCUGAAGCAGUUGAUCUUUGGACGAAUUUCUUUAAAGGAAAAAGCAACCAACAGGUUGCCAGCCCCGGCGCCACACACGAGACGCCAAAGGGAGAAGCCCCGGCCCGGAUUCCGCCUGCGUGGGUCCCUCGCGGGCUGCUGGAGGGGAGGGGAGGGAGGGGGCGAUGGCUCGGCCUGACCCGUCCGCGCCGCCGUCUCUGCUGCUGCUGCUCCUGGCGCAGCUGGCGGGCCGGGCGACCGCCGCAUCCAAGGCCCCGGUGUGCCAAGAAAUCACGGUGCCCAUGUGCCGCGGCAUCGGCUACAACCUGACGCACAUGCCCAACCAGUUCAACCACGACACGCAGGACGAGGCGGGCCUGGAGGUGCACCAGUUCUGGCCGCUGGUGGAGAUCCACUGUUCGCCGGACCUGCGCUUCUUCCUGUGCUCCAUGUACACGCCCAUCUGCCUGCCCGACUAUCACAAGCCGCUACCGCCCUGCCGCUCGGUGUGCGAGCGCGCCAAGGCCGGCUGCUCGCCGCUCAUGCGCCAGUACGGCUUCGCUUGGCCCGAGCGCAUGAGCUGCGACCGCCUCCCGGUGCUGGGCCGCGACGCCGAGGUCCUGUGCAUGGAUUACAACCGCAGCGAGGCCACCACGGCUCCCCCCAGGGCCUUCCCAGCCAAGCCCACACUUCCAGGCCCACCAGGGGCGCCGGCCUCAGGGGGCGAAUGCCCCGCUGGGGGCCCGUCUGUGUGCAAGUGUCGCGAUCCCUUCGUGCCGAUCCUGAAGGAGUCACACCCGCUCUACAACAAGGUGCGGACGGGGCAGGUGCCCAACUGCGCGGUACCCUGCUACCAGCCGUCCUUCAGUUCCGAUGAGCGCACGUUCGCCACCUUCUGGAUCGGCCUGUGGUCGGUGCUGUGCUUCAUCUCCACGUCCACCACAGUGGCCACGUUCCUCAUCGACAUGGAACGCUUCCGCUAUCCUGAGCGCCCCAUCAUCUUCCUGUCCGCCUGUUACCUAUGCGUGUCGCUGGGCUUCCUAGUUCGCCUGGUCGUGGGCCAUGCCAGCGUGGCCUGCAGCCGUGAGCACAACCACAUCCACUACGAGACCACGGGCCCUGCGCUGUGCACCAUUGUCUUCCUCCUGGUCUACUUCUUCGGCAUGGCCAGCUCCAUCUGGUGGGUCAUCCUGUCGCUCACCUGGUUCCUGGCAGCCGGCAUGAAGUGGGGCAAUGAGGCCAUCGCGGGCUACGCGCAGUACUUCCACCUGGCUGCGUGGCUCAUCCCCAGCGUCAAAUCCAUCACGGCGCUGGCGCUGAGCUCCGUGGACGGGGACCCGGUGGCUGGCAUCUGCUACGUGGGCAACCAGAACCUGAACUCGCUGCGCGGCUUCGUGCUGGGCCCGCUGGUGCUCUACCUGUUGGUGGGCACGCUCUUCCUGCUGGCGGGCUUUGUGUCGCUCUUCCGCAUCCGUAGCGUCAUCAAGCAGGGCGGCACCAAGACGGACAAGCUGGAGAAGCUCAUGAUCCGCAUCGGCAUCUUCACGCUGCUCUACACGGUGCCCGCCAGCAUCGUGGUGGCCUGCUACCUGUACGAGCAGCACUAUCGCGAGAGCUGGGAGGCGGCGCUCACCUGUGCCUGCCCGGCCCCCGACGCCGGCCAGCCGCGCGCCAAGCCCGAGUACUGGGUGCUCAUGCUCAAGUACUUCAUGUGCCUGGUGGUGGGCAUCACGUCGGGUGUCUGGAUCUGGUCGGGCAAGACGGUGGAGUCGUGGCGGCGUUUCACCAGCCGCUGCUGCUGCCGCCCGCGGCGCGGCCACAAGAGCGGGGGCGCCAUGGCCGCCGGGGACUACCCCGAGGCCAGCGCGGCACUCACGGGCAGGACCGGGCCGCCGGGCCCCGCCGCCGCCUACCACAAACAGGUGUCCCUGUCGCACGUGUAGGAGGGACCCGGCCGGAGAGCUGAGGGGAGGGGGGCGUUUUGUUUGGUAGCUUUGCCAAGGUCACUUCCGUUUACCUUCAUGGUGCUGUUGCCCCCUCCCGCGGCGACUUGGAGAGAGGGAAGUUCUUUUCCGGGAAGAACUUGUCCCAAGUCUUCUCCAAGAGGCCCAGCUCACGAGUAUUCUAUUUGCAUUUCUUACUGCCUUCUUUAUGGGAACCUUCUUUUUAAUUUAUAUGUAUUUUUCUUUGUAACUUUGUUGCAUUUUGGCAACAAAAUUUACCUUUGCUUUGGGGGCUUUACAAUCCUGAGAUUGGCCUUGUCAUGAAGUUCCACUUAGUUCAGGUUUCUUUGAACUGUGUGUUCUCAAUUGGGAAAAUAUAUUUCCUAUACGUGUGUCUUUUUAAAAAAAAAAAAUGUGAACAGUGAACGUCGGUUGCUGUGACUGGGAAGUUGUUGCGUGUGCUUUUUCAGCUAGCUUCUCCUGCCACUGCUUGAAGUGUCCAUGAUUCUUUCAGGUGAGCUGCAGUUUAUAGCCCCAGGUCAUACCUAGGGGUGCGCAUGUGCUUAGGCCCUCCCCAAAGUGAGAAGGUUAGGAAGUACUUAGCGAUUUUGUGUUCAUUUUUAGCUUUGUUUAUAGAGGGAGGUUCAGUUUCUUUUCUGUAGUGCUUGUAAUAAUUCUCACUCCUAACCUCACCAUCGUUAUGUCUCCAAUAAGUUAGAGGUAGCAUUAUAGAGAAUCUGGCAUAAAUAUUUGCAGUCGUGAGACCCAAAGCGAUGGUUAUUGGUGGAGCUUGAAUUCUAGGCUGGAGAGUUGGCAGCUUUGUGCCUGAGAGGGAGUGGGUGGUUUUAGGCUUCAGUGAUUCCCCCCACCUUUUUUUUUAAGGAACUUGUGUUAUAAUUUUGGUAAAAAUAUAAACCCACUCCCUCUGGACAGUACUUAAUGGUAGUUGCUAAAGGGGGCUCCUUUUUAAAUACAAGGACUAAAAUGGAUGUACUUCCAAUAAUUAAAUUUCUAACACUUGCCGUACCCUCUCAACGCCCCCUUUAUCAUGUUAAACAGUCUUUUCUGCCUUUUUCUUAUUCCUCCUCUCCUGGAGAGCUGUGAUUAGAAACCACACCCACCCUUGAGUGAAAUGCUUGAACUGGGAGAGGGAGACUGGCUACCUGUGAACAAACAUUGGCCCAAAUAAGGGAAAAUAAGUGUCGCUGGACUUUGGACUAGUUUAUAGCCAAAUAGUCCAAAAGCAGCAAGAUGUUGCUCUCUGCCCUCUCUGAAAACAAAUGAGACCCAUAACAUGCUUGCACAACCUUUUAAAAUAUAGAUCAGUGUUUUGCUACCUCUAUAGUUUUCUGAGAAAGCCUGUAUGCUGAUGAACACACACACACUUCUUGGCAAUUGGUUUGCUUUACUAAUCUGUUUAACCAUGCCUUCAUUCAUUAUGAAAGCCUAUAUAUUGAUGAACACACACACACAGGUUUCUUUGCUGUUAGAAAAUUCUGUUUGCUUUUCUAAUCUGUUUAAGCAUUUAUUCAUGAAGAGUGUGGGGCCAUUAAUGGGGAAGGGGGUGACAGUGCCUCAGCCAACAAAAUUCCAGUGACCAGGACUGGGGACUAAAUUUAGGAAGCUAAAAUAGCCAGAGCAAUUAACAUUUGAGAAAGCCUGUCUAGGAAAACAACUGGAGUCUAGGCAUGUGUAAUUCACUUCUACCAAAGUUGGAAAAGUAAAAUUUAAGCCUAGGUCAGUUUUUACUUCAUGGACGUUAAUUUGACAAAUGCGUAGUUCCCAGAGGGUAUUGAAACACUUUACUGGUGGGAAGAAACCUAGUAUUAAGUUUUAAGGACUCUCAAAAACAUUUAUUAAAAUGCACUGCUCUUACCCAACUUAUCCUCCAAAUCAAAAUUAAAAUUUCAAUGGAUUCUACAAAAUCUCCUACAAAUAGCUACAGAACUUUUUGUGCCUAUUUUAUUCCUCUAUUUAUUCUUCUAGGAAGAAGCCUCUUCCUAGAAUCUUGAAAUAGAUCCCUUGACUGAAUGCCAAUUCCUCUCCUGUUUUUCAAAUGAGAGAAUCUUUUCUGAUCACCUUGACCUUUUCCCUCGUUUCCUAUGUCUUCCCAGAAAGCACACAGACUGCUCUGCUGCCUUCAGUCAUUGUGCCUAAUUUGGGUUCCCCCUCCUUUUCUUUGUAGAGAAAUCUAGAAAUGAUGUGCAGUGUAUUCAAAAGCUGUGGGACGAAGUGGGUGAAAGUGAUUUAAUUCAGUUUUGAAUUUUUUGUUUGUUUUAGCAACAUGCUGAACAACUAAUUUACUUUAAAAAAUAAGCCAAUUAAAAUAAAGGAUGCUAAGCCUAAGGGGAGGCAACUUAAGUCAUGAUCUUGGGGGUCUAAUUCCAGACCAACUUUCAGAGGCACUUCUUUGUCUCUGUUCUCACCUCUGCUGUCUCUCUCUUCCUUUAUCCCCUAAGAGAGGCAAAGAUAAAAGCCCACCUGCUUCCCUAAGUCUUACUGAUAUCAGCCACCCCAGGGGAGAGAAACUGGAUCUACUUAUGGCCACCCCCUGUUUCCAUCCAUAUACUUAUUUCCCCCAAUUUGCAUAUGAUUAUGGAAACAAGACAUGCUCAUGAAAACAACUGUAAAAAGGUUAUGGAGUAGUUCAGCAACUUGGUCACAGCCAGCUUUGAGAAGCUGGGGCAGACUUAGGGCCCAGUUGAGUCUCAUGUACAGCUUCAGGGCUGUCCCUUUAAGGUUUUUUUUUUUUUUUUUGAGAUGCAGUUUUGCUCUUGUUGUCCAGGCUGAAGUGCAAUGGCACAAUCUCAGCUCACCGCAACCUCCGCCUCCCGGGUUCAAGUGAUUCUCUUGCCUCAGCCUCCCAAGUAGCUGGGAGUAUAGGUAUGCACCACUACAUCGGCUAAUUUUUUGUAUUUUUAUUAGAGACAGGGUUUCACCAUGUUGGUCAGGCUGGUCUCAAACUCCUGACCUCAUGAUCUGCCUGCCUUGGCCUCCCAAAGUGCUGGGGUUACAAGCGUGAGCCACUGUGCCCAGCUCAGUUUGAUUUUAAGCAAUGCCUCACUUAAUAGUUUAGGGGGUGAGGAUUCGAUUCACGUAGUUGUCUGAAGGGACUAAUGGGACCUCUCAGUGAAUCAGCUGGCCAGAUUUGAGGAAAUCUUUAAUUUCUAUGAUUUCCCUUCUCACAUUUUGAAAUGGUCAAAUUGGCUGGAAACAAUUUUCUUGGUGCCUUAUUGGUUUAUCCUUGCAAACCUUUGUCAUAUUUUCUCAUGACUAUUGCCAGUGACCAAGGCCCAUGUGUGUUGUGUGUAAUUGUGCACAUGUCCAAGCUUAAAUAAUGUGCCAACAGCACUGUUUCAAAGUUGGUAUUCAUUAGGCUGUUUCCCCCUGGGCUGUACUAAUCCUGACGCUGGCUGCCAGGAGAAAACGUUAUGGAUCACACACCGAACCUUAAUAACAGCAUCCGUGACCUGCACUCUCCAGUACAGAAUGGGAACCCCAGAGCUAGGAAAUGUAGUUUUAUAUUUUAAUGAACUGCUACCCCUGCCAAAGAAGCUUCUUUCACUUUUGUGCUCUACAGAAAGCCCAAGGGGGGUAGGAGGGACAAAGCUUUGAGUAACUGCUUUCUAACACCAAAUGCGGCCAACAGGACAGAGCACAUCACACAUGCAGGCAGGUGUGAGGGACAGUGGCUAAGAAUUGCCCGCUCCCUCUGCCUGCUCUUGUUUCCAAAGUCCAAUCAGGUGAUCCCGGCAAAGAAAGCUGUCUAGGUUGGGGAGGGUCAUUCUGAAAGAACUGCCAAGACAUUAAAGAAGGGUGAAGGGUAGGCAGAAUAGAAGUAGCUAACCCGAGUCAAGACUUUCAAAGGCUUCUUGCAACCUGAUGAUAAUUGCAGGAUUUAUUUCAGGAUAGUGUCUGUCUGUGGGUACAUCAUUUUAAGACCAUAUGAUUUCAUGUUGUUACAAACUGUGUGUAUAGUAUGUAUGUUUUGUGGGUGUGUAUAUACAUAAUAUAUAUUAUAUAUAGGAAAGAUUUGGUGACUUUUGAUACGGGUUUGGUGCAGGUGAAUUUAUUACUGAGCCAAAUGAGGCACAUACCGAGUCAGUAGUUCGAGUCCAGGGCAUUUAAUACUUUUUCUGAUUUCCAUGUAUGUAUAGUGCCUAUCCCAUGCAGUAGUCACUGUCAUGUUAAAUCCAAAUGUUACACAUCAGAGCCAGCGAUAUUUUAUUUGUAGACAAUCAAUUUGAAUCCAUAAAUUAUGACUGGCAGAUGAUACAUGAUUACAAUUCUGAAUCUGUAACACUUACAAAAGGAAACCCAGAGCCGCUGGAUGAGUUUUUGUUUCUGCUUUGUUCCUGGGAGUCAGUAGAAACAGCAGUUAUAUGUGGUUAUGUUAGUCUCAAGAUACUUCAUUUGUUGACCUUACUUCAGAAAAAUUUUGUAUGUAUUAUAUUUGUGGGAAGGUAAAAUAAUGGUUUGAGAUUUUUAUCAAAUACGAAGAUUAGUUAUUUAUGAAAAACAAAGAAAUGUCUAUUUUUCUUUGUUCCCAAUUAAUGUAGAUAAAUUUUAAAAUGCAUUAAAGUAAUGGUAAAGACAAUACAAAGGUGCUGUAGA